UAGUUUCCCUGUUUUUUCCAAGUGAAGUUUACCGCUAAAAAUCAUCAAAUAUGAGCUGGCAAGAUUAUGUUGACAACCAAUUGAUGGCCUCGCAAUGCGUCACCAAAGCCUGCAUCGCCGGUCAUGACGGAAAUGUUUGGGCAUCUUCCAAAGGUUUCGAGGUAACAAAGGAUGAACUGUCCAAACUCAUUUCUGGAUUUGACAAUCAGGACCUCCUAACCAGCAACGGCGUUACAUUGGCCGGUCAAAGAUAUAUCUAUUUGUCCGGUACAGAUCGUGUAGUCCGCGCCAAGUUUGGACGUAGUGGAGUUCAUUGCAUGAAAACUACCCAAGCCGUGAUCGUUUCCAUCUACGAAGACCCCGUUCAACCACAACAGGCCGCAUCCGUUGUAGAGAAACUUGGAGAUUAUCUGAUCACCUGUGGGUACUAGAAAAUAAUAAAAAUACUAUACAUAACACACAUAAAAGUAAUUAUAAUAUUAAUAAACGAAAAAUAUCAUAAAAUUAUUAUUUGAUAAACACUUUUGGAAUUUUCAUACAAAAGAAUAAAUAUA